CAUCCGAAAAUCCAGCAGCAGCACACACUCCUCGGACUCCAUCUCUCUCUCUCUCUCUCUUCUGCUGCUGCUGCUGAAUUUGUUUGUCUGAUCAUGCAAGCGACUCAAGCUCACCCGCCUCCCACGCCUGCAGAGGCUUCUCCCCAGCUUGAUGAUAAAACCGUGAGUGGCUCAGAGGAGGCUUUAGGUCCUGCACCUAGUGGAAGGCGCAGUAAUCUUUCCCUUCAGAUUCCUCCAAAGCAUUUUGGCAGCAGCUCUAGCAGUAAGGGCUUUCUCCAGUCGCAUGGUUCCAGCAAAGGUAGCUUGUCUUCUGGAGGAUUCUUGCGAGCUUUGAGUUUCAAGAAGAAGCUUCUCGCACCUGAUGCCGAGAAAAGCUGCCUCCUCAGUUCGGACCCUAAGGCGCCUCCGGAAAGUCCUUCAGUGUCCAAUUUCAUGUCCGGGUUGCGUUGGAAUAGAUGUACCUCUCUUCCCGUUACGCCUGCAUCCAACCUGUCCCCUGCUGUCACAACACCUGCUUCAGCAAGGAUGCCGGGUGAAAGGCAUAAAUCACAAAAAAGUUCACUUCCUGCCACCGUAUCCAGGUCGCUGUCGGUACCGGGUCGAAAUAUGGUAAUUGUGAGAUCUGUUUCUUUUGCUGCCCACAAGCAACAUCCUGUGACAGAUUCUUCUGAUGAUCAAAUAGCUCCUGCUCCUGAGGAAGAUGCUGAUGAAGAGAUUCCUGAAGAGGAAGCAGUGUGCAGGAUUUGUCUUGAAGUAUGUGAGGAAGGAAAUACAUUGAAGAUGGAGUGCAGCUGCAAAGGUGCCCUUAGACUUUUACACGAAGAUUGUGCAAUUAAAUGGUUUAGCACAAAAGGAAACAAGAACUGUGAUGUCUGUGGCCAAGAAGUUCGGAAUUUACCCGUGACCUUGCUUCGAGUAGCAACCUCCGCUCAGCUCGCUAAUGGACAAGAACAAAAUCAACAGAGCUUGCAUUCACAAACAGUGAGUGCCUGGCAGGAUUUUGUGGUGCUUGUUUUAAUAAGUACAAUAUGCUACUUCUUCUUCCUGGAGCAACUACUGCUUCACGACUUCAAAUCUCAAGCAAUUAUCAUAGCAGCACCAUUCUCUUUUACCUUGGGCCUCUUGGCAUCCGUCUUUGCAAUCAUCCUAGCAAUUAAGGAAUACAUAUGGACUUAUGCAGCUCUCGAGUUUGCUUUAGUGGCCAUCACUGUCCAUAUGUUUUAUUCUUUGCUUCAUCUGAAGGCAGUCUAUUCUAUCCUGUUAUCGGCUGUUUUGGGUUUUGGGAUAGCCAUGAGCCUCAAUUCACUGUACAUUCAAAUCUACACUUGGAGACUUCAAGUUCCCCGGAAUGCUAGCCCAGUGUGAAUCGACUUGCACAGGACUUAAGUCUGAUAUAAUUAUUUCUCUCAUACCAAUAUGUAGGAAAAACUUUGAUGGUAGAGACGAAACCCGAUUCACUGAAGCUGUGGAAGGGCGUGUUUCAGCAGGUAGUUUGUCAAGGUUCCUCACAUGCCUGCUUGCUGCAGUAAGAUGGGAGGUUUCGGCCAUAGUGGAAGCUGUCACCAUGGCCCCGACAAGCGUGUACAGACAACCAGAUUAUGACUUGUCAUUCCUCGCUCGGUUUCCUCUUGGUUUCCUACCUAAGUGUGCUCGCAUGUGCAUUACCAAUAGCUCUUUCCCCUGUUGUGUCGUUAUCUAUGUUGAGGUUUUGUUGAGGUGAAGAGGUUAUAGUUUAGAUAGAACAAGUUAUUUCAUGUACCAUCUUCAAAGCAGAGUCUGUCGGGAAUAUUCUAAGAAAAAGUACAAGAGUGUUAUACAUAUGCGGUCUUGAAGAGUUUUAUGAGUGCAAGUAUGACCAGCAUGGCGAGGAUACAAAUUUCCGCCGGCACUCUGUAUGUUAGCCUAGCCAUCCUCUAUGUAAUCUCAUUGUAUCAUGUCUAGUGGAAAGAACAAGAAAUCUUUCAGACUGGUUAAACCCGUUGAUGUUUAUGGAAGAA